ACAGCACUUACUCACCGGUGUACCUCCGUGGUCCGGAGCCUUUGACUUGGUAUAAGACCGACGACACACCCUUUCCAAUUCCAUUUCUGCAGUUUUCCUUGUUCUUGGUUGUUGACCACCCCUUCGGAUUUGACCAUGUCGCUCAGAGAGAGGCCAGGCUCGUCCUCCAACCAGGACAGAAGGGAACCCAGAUACCAUGUCUAUGUCCGACUUCCCUUCAAUCGGGGCGACUUCGUUGAUCCUCCACCAGUGAGCUGGGACGACAGGAAAUCCGAAGCGCUAUGGACGAUUAUCUCAGGGGUAUCGCAGACAGAGAUUGACUGGCACGAGCUGGCAGUCCAGUUCGAUGUCACAGUCGAGUUCCUCCUCCAGAUGGUCUCCUAUCUGACCGAGCGACACACUGCCCAACUGCGGGCACAGAUGAGGAAAGCCGCGAGUGGUCGCGGUUCCGCUGCUCCGUCACCGAUUCCCGGCGGCGAGCCUGUUGGGUACGCCGAAGGCUUGAGAAGAGCUGGUUCUGUCGGCGGCCGUACUUCAGCUCUCUCCAUGCGCAAGGAAGCUCUCGCUCCGAAAGACGAUGUCAAUACUCCUGGGAUACCCACCGCUAAGACGUCCUCUAACACUCUACGACCAGCCAUCUCGCGCAACUCGUCGCAAACCACUUUGAUCCCAGGGCAGAACCCGAGCCUCGGUGCUGCCCUUCCUACGACGACAAACAACAAGAUAGCCAGCAGGCUAAGCGAUCCGCAACGCCGGAGAGUAUCACUCUUGUCCAUUAACACCAAAGACGCCUCUUCCGGUGAUGCCAUUCACGAAACAGACGAUAACCGAUCCUACCGGCCCCCAGAGUCGCCAUCGCCAGUCGCCUCCACAUCACCAUCCUCCGACGAUUCAGACUAUGCCGAGCAAAUGCAAAGCCGCUACAUCCGCCGCCCUCCACGCUUUCAAUCAGCAGGCCAAAGUAAAGCCUCUGAUGAUGACGAUGACGAGCUCGCUUUCCUCCCUCCUACUCGGACCAGACAACACCAGCACCAACAACAGCAACAGCAACAGCAACACCAACCAAAAUUCCAACAACGUCAUAACAGUGACAACAACAACAACAACAAAAGCAACAACCCAACAGGCUCCACCUCAACCUCAGACGGCAGCGGCGCUCUAGAUCUCUACGCAACCGUGACCAAGCUCCCCCUGAACUACCGCGACCAUCAAUCGUCCCCUCGAAACAGGAUAGGGUCGUCUGGAUCACAAAAUCAGCAGCAGCAAGUUGGUCACGGUCACAGCCUGAGCAGUACGAAGAAUCAUCCCCAAUUAUCCACGAUCCAAUCGCAAACGUCAGACUCGUCUACCAGUUCGGCGGCCAUCAUUCCUAGCAACCCACGUCGACUUGCUAGCGGUGAACUGCGUGUAGGUACGAGUGGUGCAGGUGGUACAGGUGGACCUGGAGCGAGACUCCCCGGCCCACUGUCCCCAAGAAGGAUAGAUAUGCUGUCGAGAGAAGGAAGCGAAGGGGCGCCGAGUAUGGGGAGUAGUUUUAGUGAUCUUGAUGAUGCCUCGGUAACUCAGUCAGCACUCGAGGAAGCUCUAGCCAGUAGGAUGCAGGAUGGAACGAUUGGUAGUCGGAUGAGCAUGAUCGGGCACACUAUUAGGAGCAAAUACUUGCCCAGUAAGGGGAAUCGUCCCUAGAGGUAGAUGGAGACGGUGAGCAGACACUUCUUCAUUGAGCGUUGGACAAGCCGCACGUAUAUUUCCUGCGGCUAUGCGAAUGUAGUGUACGAGGCUCGUCCCUGACGAAAUCGUUGAGACCUUAACCGAAUGGUAGUAAAGAUAGACCGAACACAUUACAGUCAGUACAUUUAGACCUAUAGUAUACUCUUACUACGCAUCCAAGCAUCUUUAUCA